GUGCUGGGGCUCCUCGCCCAUUUUGAGUUCCUUCUAAACAUGAGAGUGUUUCUAGCAGCAGUCAUGUGUUUGUGCCUCUGUUUGGUGCUGUUCCUCUGUCCUCUCUACUCGUGUGCCUUACCACCACCUUGUGACAGUGAGAUCUACUGUUAUGGGGACAUCCUGAGGCAGGUUCAGACCGCCAAACUGUUUGAUGAUGACAAACACUUUGUGGAUAUGAAGCUGAAGUCAGCCCCUGAUAUUAUCCUGACAGCGUUUCACAACCUGACACAUGGAGAUCCAAACCCUGUCCCGCCUGCCGUACUGAGAGACUUCCUUCACACGUACUUUGACCAACCAGGGAAAGAGUUUGCGCCGUGGUCCCCACCUGACUGGCAUGACAAGCCACAGUUCCUGGCUGGAAUAGCAGAUGCAGAACUGCGUAGCUGGGCCGAGAAGCUGCACCAUCUGUGGAAGUCUCUUGGGAGAAAGAUCAGUAGUGAUGCUUUGGCCCACCCAGAACAGUACUCUCAGAUCUACCCCCACCCUUUAAAAUUCGGAGGACGUUUCAGGGAGCUGUACCUGGAGGACUCCUACUGGGUGAUCAAUGGUCUCCUGCUCUCUGAGAUGACAGACACCGCCCGUGGGAUGAUCCUCAACUUCAUCCACCUCAUCAACCGAUAUGGUUUCAUCCCCAACGGGGCUAGAGUUUACUACGAGCGUCGCAGUCAGCCCCCCUUCCUGUCUCUGAUGGUGGAGAGUUACUAUCAGACCACUAACGACACAGAUCUCCUCAGGACUGCUCUGCCCGCUCUAGAGCAGGAGUACCUGUUCUGGAUGCGGAACCGCUCUGUGGCCGUUGAAGUAAAGGGGAAUAAGCACGUUCUGAACCGUUUUGAUGUACAGGUGGGCCUGCCCAGACCGGAGUCCUACAGUGAUGAUCUAGAGCUGGCUGAAGGUCUGACCGAGGAUGCUGCAGAGAGGCUGUGGAAAGAGCUGCAUUCAGGAGCAGAGUCCGGGUGGGACUUCUCGUCUCGCUGGUUUGUGGACGGCCUGGGGAACAACAACGGGUCUCUGAAAGACACCAGAACCAGUCUGCUCAUUCCUACAGACCUCAACGCUCUGCUCUGUCGCAACGAAAGGACACUGGCUCACUUCUACAGGACGCUGGGUAAUGAGUCUGAAGCAGCGCGGUAUGACAAAGCUGUAUCAGCCAGACAAGAGGCCAUAGAGGCAGUGCUGUGGGACGAGAAGAGGGGCGUCUGGUUGGACUACAGCCUGGUAACCAACACCUCCCACCCUGCAUUCUACCCCACUAACCUGGCCCCUGUCUGGGCAGACUGCUACUCCCAGCCUUCCAUGGGACAGAAGGCACUACACUAUCUACAGACUAGUGGUGGUCUUGCGUUCCCCAACGGUGUCCCUACGUCCCUGGUUGACAGUGGUCAGCAGUGGGACUACCCUAACGCAUGGCCCCCUCUACAACACAUACUCAUCCAAGGCCUGUCCAGUCUGCCCUCACAGGAAGCUAGAGAGCUGGGGUUUGAUUUGGCUCAGCGCUGGAUCAGAACCAACUGGCUGGCCUACGUCAAGUAUGAAGCCAUGUUUGAGAAGUAUAAUGUGAACGGAGAUGGGAAGCCGGGCGGAGGAGGAGAAUAUGAGGUUCAGUUGGGAUUUGGUUGGACCAAUGGUGUGGCUCUCCAGCUCCUGUCUCAGUACGGCGACCGGCUCUCCUCUGGCAGCAACGGAAACAGCUUCACCUCGUGUCUGAGCAUCAGCGUCUCUGUGGCCCUGCUCUGCUCAGCCCAAACUCUGUUCCUAUGAAAUGCAAUGGGUGUAGGGUGGAGUUGCCCCUAGACGCUGAUCUCGGAGAUAUGCAAAAGGUCAUCAGAUGAGAGGUUCGGGCGAAUCUGCUCCUCAAAGAGAAAUGCCACUGACCCGACUUUGGAGAUAGGAGGCAGGAGAGGAGUCCAGGAGGCAGGAGAGGAGGAGUCCAGGAGGCAGGAGAGGAGUCCAGGAGGCAGGAGAGGAGGCCAGGAGGCAGGAGAGGAGGCCAGGAGGCAGGAGAGGAGGCCGGAGAGGAGUCCAGGAGGCAGGAGAGGAGGCCAGGAGGCAGGAGAGGAGGCAGGAGAGGAGUCCAGGAGGCAGGAGAGGAGUCCAGGAGGCAGGAGAGGAGUCCAGGAGGCAGGAGAGGAGGCAGGAGGCAGGAGAGGAGUCCAGGAGGCAGGAGAGGAGGCAGGAGGCAGGAGCAGCCCUGUUCCCUUAAAUUUUGACCUUUAAAAAAAAAUAAAUAAAUGUGUAACUCGAUGUCAGUUGGAGUAGAAGUUGUUAAAUUCAAACCCAAAUUUAAAAAAAUAAUAAUAAUGUUUGACUUCUGUUGAAUUUCCUCAGUGAAGCUUCUUGUCUUUUAAAAAACAGGGUUCUGUGUCCUGGUCCCGAUGGUUCAGAUCAGAAAUCACACCGUUUGUUUUUGUGGCGAAACAAAAUAAAGCUCACUGAAAUUCUUCUGUUUUCCUGUUAAAGGGAUACUUUGA